AUGCGUUGUGAGGACAUUGUUAUCGGCAUCGCCUCUUCUUCAAUGAGCGCAUUCGUGAGCUACGCUUCAAACCAUCAGGUUCGCUUCCUGGUUCAUCUUCACUGGGCGCUGACCUACACGAGCCUCACAGCUGAUUCCUGUACUCGAAGCAAGAACAUGAAGAACCACAUUCUAUACACCCUGCUGGCAACGUUGUUUCUAUUAUCUGACGUCAGAAGAAGUUUCGUGGACCCAGCUCCAGUGGAUGAAGAAAGGGGUGGAAAGAAAAUAAAUGGCGGUUCUUCAGCAUCUCCUGAUGAACUUGAUGAGGUGAAGCAGCUGGAAGAUCUGAAACAUUCCUUCGGUAAAGCAUUCUCCAUAUUAAAAACACACUCUUCUGUGUUCAAGGAUGCCAACGGCCAUCAAGAGGGGCAUUCUGAAACACGUGAAGAAGUGAACCGUGACGGCCAGCUAGUGUCCCGUGUGAACCAGAAGGUAGACACGAAGCAGGAAGCAACGGAGGGAGCCAUCCCAGCCACUCACGUGAGAACUGAGGUUGAAGUGCCUAGUCAGGGGAUUCACCGGACCAUACUCAGCGACUCGCAACAGGCCGUCGCCAACGUAGAGCGACGCAACAAAGCAGACAAGUACACGUCUUACGCAGGAGUGCAAUACUCGCCUCUGGACAUGGCAGAGUACAUCUUCUGGACGGGCGAUGAGAAGGGAGUAACAAUGGCCACAGAGGAAUUCCUGCAGGAGGGUCUGAUGACGCGUGAGGAAGCUAUCGCCUUCCUGCAGGAGAUCAAGAUGAACCUCGAGUUCCUGCAGACGCACUACACACAGCUGCAACACAACAAGGAGCAGCAGCAGCGGCAACGGCAACAAGCUAAGGAACGAGCAAAUAUGAUUCACAAGGCUUUCGGUCUAGAUGAAGCUCAGACAAACGAAGCGAAGAUGAAUUCGCUAGCUGACAUUUCUUCAGCCAGAGAUCUCUUCACGCUAUCCAAGAAGACUUCACUUGCAGAAGAAAAUAACGCCAAAGUGGUUGACAGAGCGCAACAGGUGCUGGAUGAGGACUACGAGGAGCUGCUGGAUAGACUGCGGGUGGCAGACUUCCUGUACACAGAGUACUCCCUGGAAGAAGUCAUCUAUCAGCUCGCCAAAGUCAUGUUCUCUCAGUCACUAAACAGAGGAAGCACUGAGGCACAGGAAGCCCUGCAGAAAUUCACAAGUUUCCUACAGGCUGAGGCAGAGCAAGGGCACAUCUCACGCAGCCUUGAGAAGAAAGUCCUUGAUGUGCUUAUUGCAUCACUGACUGACACACUGGCAGAGCAGCCCCAGCUAGUGAGUGCUGCUAGGGAAGGACUGCUGGAGGGCUCCUCUGGGAACCAGUUGCUGCACCAUCUUCUGAUGCUGAAUCAAGCCUCUCCUGGUGGAGACAUGGUCUCAGCAGACUCUGAGCAAAAACCUGCAUCUGAUAAGAAUCAAGGAUCAGACAGCCACCAACUGACAACAGCCAAGGGCAGAGAGAAUGAGACUAUGACAAAGACAGUUAACAGCUCUGUAGGAAAGUUAUCAAAGACAACUUAAUGAUUACACUAAGAAAUAAAUAUGUAUAAAUAUUUAAACAUAUUGUAUAGUGUAUUCAGACUAAUCCAAAAAUAAUAUAUCCUGAAAGUAGAUAGAUUUGUAUGUACAAUUACAUUUGGUUUAUACUUCAAGACAUAUCCACUUAAUACUUCUGAUAUGCAUAAAGCUCAAGUCUUUAAUCAAAUUUAAACAUCCCUAAAUGUACUUCUGGCCCAGUAUGAGAAACCUCAUUUUGGAAUUUGUGCUAAAAAUAUGGUAAUCAAGGCAAAAUUUGACUGGGAGGAGCAGUCAGUGUUUUGUAAACAUAGCAAUGCAAGAGUUAAAAAGGAAGAAAAAAAUGUUGCAUAUUGUUCAUGUAACAUAAAUGGAGUACAACAAUGGGGAGGGAAUACUUCCUUAUAUAUUUUAUCUGUGUUACCAGCUGUGUAAUGAAAUGCACUUGUGAACAUUUUUCUUUCUGUAAUGAAAACUACAAAUUCACAAUGCUUACAUCUUGAUAUACAUGUAUGAGACUGCUAAAUAUAAAAAUGUUGUGUACUGAGUAAAUCCCAGACA